AGCUAAAUAAAUUAGGUAUUAGUACACAAGGGUGGAAGUGUGUGUGGCGGUUAGAAGUGGGGGAAUGGAAGAGAAAUACUCAAGCCUGGAAAUUGUGGAGGAGAGCCCAAACUCGGGUGUGUUCUUUCUUAUCUUAAAUCGUCCGUCACGACGGAACGCUCUCUCGCGCGAAUUCUUCAGCGAGUUCCCGAAAGCUCUGCACGCACUGGAUCACAACCCGGAGGUGAAGGUGAUCGUGUUGUCCGGCGCCGGGGACCACUUCUGCUCCGGCAUCGACCUCUCCCUCCUGGGAUCAACCGCCGCGAGUUCGGGUUCCUCCGGCUCCGGCGAAACCCUCCGGCGAGAGAUAAUGGCGAUGCAAGACGCGGUCACGGCCCUGGAACGGUGCCGGAAGCCGGUGAUCGCAAGCGUACAUGGGGCGUGCAUCGGCGGCGGAAUUGAUAUAGUGACGGCGUGCGACAUAAGGAUGUGCAGCGAGGAGGCGUUUUUCUCGGUGAAGGAAGUGGAUUUGGCCCUUGCCGCUGACCUUGGCACUCUUCAGAGGUUGCCGCUUAUUGUAGGGUUCGGCAACGCCAUGGAAUUGGCUUUGACCGGUCGCACUUUUUCCGGUAAGGAGGCUAAGGAGUUGGGUCUCGUUUCUCGCGUUUUCCUUUCCAAACAUGACCUCCAUCAGGCCGUCCGAGAUGUUGCUCAAGCAAUUGCGACCAAGUCUCCCCUUGCAGUUGUUGGGACAAAAACAGUGUUGCUUAAAAGUAGGGACUUAACUGUGGAUCAGGGGUUGGAUUAUGUUGCAACCUUGAAUUCUGCCAGAUUGCUAUCCCCUGACUUAACUGAAGCAGUGAUGGCACAGAAGCAGAAACGAAAGCCAGUUUUUUCCAAGCUCUGAAUGUUUGAAGAAGGGCAUGCAUUUGGUUGUUACAUGUUACUAAAUAAGUAGUAGUGUGUAUUUUGGAAUUGAAGACCACUGUUAUUGAUAUUUGUACCACAUAGUAAGAACUUUGCAUUCACUUUAAAGUCUGUCAGGGAAUAGGGAUUUGAGGAUAAGAUUCUUCUUGUUAUUUUCACCUUCCUUCCUUCACAAGGCUUCUUUACAAACUCCUAGUUCAGCUAUAAGACAUAUUUGCCUGUAUUCUGCCUUGCAAUUAGGGUUGGCUGAAAAGAACUGAACUGCACCGAACUGGUAUCGAACCGAAUUGAAUGUAAAAAACUGAACUGUUUUUUCCGUUCAGUCUUAAAAUGUUGAACUGCUAAAAGAGCAGUUCAGUGCACUGCCAAACUGUCGCUUAUGAGUUAAAAAAGAAAAAUGCAGUUUGCAAGGAACCUGUAUUUGUUUUUUACUGACCUCUAAUUUGGCUUCU